AUGAACCCAACCUGUUUCAUCAUCAUCGCCCUCUCCGCCUCCAUCUUCUGUGGACAGCAAGAUGGACAUGCGAGCACCGUCGUCGCUAACGUUUGGCUCCCGCUCGUCACCCGAGAGCCCAAAACCAGUCGCGUUUUGCCUCCCGUCUUUACCCGUCACACUCGCAAUCCGCGGAGCAGCAAAGGCAACAACAAUGGAAUGCUCCUCGCACUUGGCGCAAAGCGAGUGCUCGGUAUUGCAGGCGCUUUGGGAGGAUCGCAUACCUCUGAUCACCAAGAGCAGGAACUGGAUACAUCUGACCGGAUUUUCCAAACGAGUUGCAAGUUAUCUUAUCGGCAUCACGUGCUAAAUCGACACGCUCUCGUUCUGGGCUUCCGCCUGGUGACUUGCCGCCUCUGCCUCCCUCGCCUCGCAUCUCCUCGUCGCCCCCUCAACUACAGCUGCCCAUGUUCAAUGUUGAGCUGGUUGAAGACGAUGGUAAUCAUGCCGAUAUCGAUGAUGGCGCUGCCUCGGAGGAGGAUGCGAAAAAAGUCGUUUGAUUUCACGGGUGAGCUCCAGAAGCUGAAUGAGCCUGGGGCAUCAGAUAGGCGCAGUUCCGUCGAACAACUAGAGAAUGCGUUCAAAACGCCGGCCAAUAUCGACCUGCACAAUCUACUUGCAAUUGACGCGCCUCCGGAACCCCCUAUGCAGUUCAUCAUCGACCAGACUUCCUCGGCACCGUCGUCUUCAGAAAACCGAAGACCAGCGAUCCCCUCGUACCCAGAAUAUCCUUCCCCAAUCAUCGAUCUCAAGGAACCAACACUCUUGCGCGGCUCUGAUAGCCUGGGAAGCGAUAUUGGCCUUUUGCCACAAAAUGGCCCAUUGACCGGUGAACUCAACAUUGGUUUCAAGCUUGGAGCCGCUUACCUUGUCAAACAUUCUUCCACCACCCUCUCACAGUCGCGCUCAUUCCCUGAAUCCGUACUCAAGUCCAUUCUUGCCCAUGCCGGAGAAAUUGCUGCCCAACCCCGCCCACGGGUCAACUCAGACUGCAGUUUACGUCGCUCCGCCAUCGGAAAUUCACGCGCUUCGAUGACCAGCAUGCGUGCUCGAACUCGUUCAAGACCCGCCUCUGGCAUCAGCUCUACCGGAUUCGACUCGUUUGAUGAGGUCCGCAGAGGUUUCGAGUUCCAUGCUAAUCGCCCGACGUUUUAUCCACCACCUCCUGCUGCGCGCAACACUCGAGCUUACCAUGGACAUCAUGAUUCGGUCUUCAGCAUUGGUCUCCGCGAACAACCAUCCUCUGAAGAUCUGUCGAUCUCGCUUUCUAUGAACGUUGAUGACACCUUCUCGUUGUUGGCGCGGGACCCUCGUCGCAAACGUGCGGCCAGCGAUGCAUCUAGUUUCUACUUCAAAGCACCAGCUCAACAAUCACAAACUUCUCGUGGUCAUCGCUAUCGCGAGUCUACCGCUAGCAUUACAUCCUUCUAUAACUGCAACCGGAGCUAUGCAAGUCAUCGCUUGAGCAAAGCGGAUAGCAGCACCAGCUUGCUCGCUCAUCAAUAUACUUCGCAGGGUGCUACUGGUGGUCGUGCCGCUUGGGCGAGACAUCAACAUGAACCCUCGACUGACUCAAUUCUCAGCGAUUUCUCGGUUCCUUGUCUUGGUAGACCUGGGGUUGGCGACAAGAUCUGCAUACGACCAAGGAGCUGCUCUCAGUUAGAUCUCCGCAUCUCCGCCGGAGCAUAG